AUGGACUUCUGGCGUCUGUUUGGCUAUGCCAAAACCUCCUUCUACCACCACGACUCCCCACUUUCCCUCCCUACGAAGAAUACAAAGACAGGGGAGCAACCUACGAACCUCCUCGAUCUCUGCAAACAUGUGACUCCAAUCUGUCGCCUCAAUCCGCUGCUCUUUAACGGCCACCUCCAGACUUUCUGGACAGCAGUUAAAAGCCAGGAUAUCCCUAUAUACUACAAACGGCGCCUGUUUUCCGCCGAAGAGCCCCAAUUCGCAGGGACCUUUGCUGUCGAUUUCGCCGUAAACCCGUAUGAGGGUACUGAUGAAAGCCUGCCGCCUCGGACCACAUACUACAACGAUGGAGAGUUUGAAGAGAUCGGAUCGAUGGAUACCAAGCCAAUGCUGGUUACUUUGCAUGGCCUGAGCGGCGGUUCUCACGAAAUAUACUUGAGGCAUGUGCUGAGACCUAUUGUUGAUGCGGGAUGGGAAGCUUGCGUGGUAAAUUCAAGGGGCUGUGCGAAGAGCAAGAUUACUACUGGAGUACUCUAUAAUGCUAGAGCGACGUGGGACGUGCGGCAAGUCGUCAAAUGGUUGAGGAGGACUUUUCCAAACAGGCCAUUGUUUGGGAUUGGGUAUUCUUUGGGUGCAAAUAUCUUGGUCAAUUACCUGGGUGAGGAAGGCGAGAGCUGUAUGCUCAACGCUGCUGUAAUAUGCUCAAAUCCAUGGAAUCUAGAGGCUGGGAAUCUCGCGCUCCAACGGACAUGGCUUGGUUCCGAAGUCUAUUCGAAGACGAUGGGAACCAGCAUGAAAAAGCUUUUUGAAGAUCACGUCGAUGCCAUAUCAAAGAAUCCCCGCGUUGACAUCGAGAAGGUCCGGAAUAUAACGUACCUGUACGAGUUUGACAGAGAACUUCAAGGCCCGACUUGGGGCUAUCCUACCGAAGGAGCAUACUAUCGUGAUGCAUCCUCCUGUGACUCGCUGAUGGCCGUGAGGAUACCUCUUUUCGCAAUCCACGCAGAGGAUGACCCAAUAGCCGUAAAGGAAGCAAUCCCGUUCCGCGAAUUCCAGCAGAGUCCUUUCGGAGUGUUGUGCACUACUUCGCUUGGUGGGCAUCUUAGCUGGUUCGAAAAUGGUGGUGGGAGAUGGUUCGCUAAGCCUGCGAGCCAAUUUCUCAUACAAUUUUUCGAAAACAUCGAUCUGGACAAGCUUGAGAAGAAGCCUGGAGAGAAGGCCGGGAACGGUAUCGGUCUAGGUGGUAAAGCUCUUGCUUCGUUCAAUCCAAUGCGUCGAAAGCUCCAGAUAGAUGUAGAGCCAUAA